AUGGCGCAAUCUCAUAGAAGGGGCAACUUUGCGACGUCUUAUACUCUGACACCAUGGCUGGCUUUCGUUCAUUGGUCCUUGGGGUACGCAGUCUGUGAUGACCCCCACAGACCACUUUACCGGUUCGACUUGCCUCAUUCUCACAAUCGUAUUGUAAUUGAUUCAGCUAACGGUUUGCUUUUGUUGAGAGAUGGAUGCGCUAAUAUUCUUUUCAUAUGCAAUCCGAUGACUCGUGAAUAUGCCGAGCUUCCUCCUCUGCCCGCCCGUAGUUGCUUUUACGGAUUUGGAGUGAGCAAAUUAACCGGACAGUAUAAGAUUUUAUGUGCUAAUCAAUUUUGGUCCUAUUGUAUAUACACUAUAGGACAAGAAGAAGAAUUGUGGAGAAGCAUCGCAGCACCACCGUGCAAUACAGUGCAUAGUGAUUAUGCUGUAUUUUUUAAUGGAAAUCUUCACCGGUUGGAAUAUGAUUUCAAGAAGAAUCUAUUUGUUUGCUGUUUUGACCUUGACACCGAGCUAUUUACUGGUUUUUCUCUUCCCAAUUAUGGCGGCAACAAAUUUAGCAAUUAUCGACUAUGUACUUUGGACGGUAAGUUAUGUUUCUGCCACAUGUUAGAGAAGUUUGAUGUUGUUAUCUGGUGGAUGAACAAUUAUGGAGAUGAGAAUUCUUGGACAAGGGAAUAUAACUUCUCCGGCAUGUCAUAUAUGUAUGGAUUUGUUUAUCCACUCAAAAUAUUGGCAAACGGCGACUUGUUAUUCAUAACGGAUGUCUACGCGAAGCUAUUUCUCUACGUCAAAAGCACUAAACCUUCAGAACCUAUUGAAUGGCAUG